AGUUUCUCUUCCUGGUCUCUUGGAUCAGUUUCGCUUUCCGUUCUACCUGUCAGCGGCUGACGAAGAAGAAGCAGAAGUUGAUCGCAGACACAUUAUAAGAAAACAAGUUCUUAAAUCUGCACUAGGUCGUAGAUUGACUUCUUAUUGGACUUAUAAACUGCCUGUGUUACACUCAGGUCGACGAGAGGAAGUGUGUUGGCUGCGGAAAGAUCGCAACAACACGACUUGAGAAGGCGUAUUCAUGGCUUGUGAAGUUAGACCGAGAGGCAAUCUGAAAGAAGCAGAGGAGCUGUCCCUGUCUCUGAGUGAAGCCCUGAGCAGCGGAGAUGAACAAGAAGCAGUCAAACUGUGUCAGAGACUGUCCCAGCUCUCUGUCCCUGUGUCUGUCAGUGUCAACAGUCAGGCCUACCCUCAGGAGACCAUCAGGCUGUGGGUCGGAGUGGAGGACGCGCAGUCAGAUAACUACAUCCCUGUGACUGUGGAGGUCUCUGUUGACAUGACAAUAGCACAACUGAAAGAAAAGAUCAGCCAUGACUUCCGGUUCUCCCCGGUUCUGCAGCGUUGGGUCAUUGGGAAGCGUUUGGCUCAGGACCAGGAGACGUUGUACAGCCACGGUGUCCGUCAGAGCGGAGACAAAGUUUUUCUUUUCAUCCAGUCUGCCAACGCUGCCCAUCUCACACGGCAGCAAGAAAGACUGGACCAGGAGCAACAACGCAUAGAGGGCAUCGUGGAGUCGAUGCAUUCGAUGGAACUUUUAGGCAGAGGCCUUGGAGCAGUUGGUGUUGACAAGAUGCCCCAUCUUCCAGAUGCUAAACACACUCCUCCUCCUCUUCCUCCAAAACCCCCGGCUGCUAAGAAACCCGCUGUGCUCCCUAAACCUCAGCUGGGAUGGGCCUGUAUGAUGUGUACAUACGUCAACAAACCCACGCGUCCAGGUUGUGAGAUGUGCGCAGGGGAACGACCGAUGGAUUAUGUCGUGCCUAACAUCUACCAGCCUGACCAGCAGGAGAUUCUGCGGAUUGAGCAGGAACAGCUGGCCACUCUGCAGUACCAACAGGCUCAGGAGGAGGAACGUGAGAGGAAUUACCUGUACCUGUUGGCAACUGAAGACCUGCACCUCAUCCCCAACACCACAGAGACAGAAUGUCCCAUCUGCUUCUCCACCCUGCAGCCAGAAGAGGGCAUUGUGCUCCGAGAGUGUCUGCACACCUUCUGCAGGGAGUGUCUGAAAGGGAUGAUAGUGAACAGUCAGGAUGCUGAGGUUUCGUGUCCUGACAACUGCGACUACAAGCUACAGGACAGAGAGAUCAAAGCGCUGCUCACAGAAGAGGAGCACCUGCGCUUUCUUGAGUUACGCCUGAGCAUCGCAGAAAGCCGCUCUGAUCACAGCUUCCACUGUCAAACCCCCAACUGUCGAGGCUGGUGCAUCUACGAGGACGACGUGGACGAGUUUAACUGUGAACUCUGCAAAGAAAUCAACUGCAUUCUCUGCCGGGCCAUCCAUAAGGACAUGAAUUGUAAGGACUACCAGGAUGACCUGCGCAUCCGAGCUCAGAACGACGUGGCGGCUCAGCAGACUAACCAGAUGCUGCAGAGCAUGCUACAAAACGGAGAGGCCAUGAAAUGUCCUCGAUGUGACGUCAUCGUGCAGAAAAAAGACGGCUGUGAUUGGAUCUGCUGCUUGAUGUGCAAGACGGAAAUCUGCUGGGUCACUAAACAAGCUCGCUGGGGACCAAAUGGCAACGGGGACACCUCUGGGGGCUGUGGGUGCAGAGUCAAUAAUCAGCCUUGUCACCCCAACUGUCAGAACUGCCACUGAGGGAAGUACACUAAUGAACACUCACGGCUGCAAGAGCAUGCGCUGGAGAAGAGCAGAACUCAGACUGUGGCUGAUAGCUUACUGUCGACUUUCUGACUGUCUUCUUUUGGUUUAUUUAACCCAACUUUAGCUUUGUUUUCAACAAGCCUAGAACAGUUUUUCUGCACGUUAUUUCUUUGACAUCCCCACCAGCUUGAGAGGAUGUCUUCAGGUAUAUUGAAACAAUUCAGACUUAUGCCUGGCUCCUGUUUCAAUCUCACAAGAUGGAAUGAAAGACAACUCUGCUUUACUCAGACACACUUCUAAAACAUGUUUCUCCUGCGCUCCAAAACCUGAAGGCCAAAGUAACAUAUUAUUGAUUGAAUUGUUAUGAAUAUAUAAACCUUGCCAUUUUAUUCGAUGAAUGCCUCAAAAUAUAUUUUUUUUUCGUUUUCAGAGUUAUAAUAGAUAUAUAUAUAUAUAUAUUUUUUUUUUUCUUUUAGUCGACUAAUCAGACUGUGGUGAAGGAUGUUUACAUUGAAUGAAUGUGUACUUGAAGCCUAACAAGCUGAUUUGAUGCUUUAAUGACAUAUGCUGAUCUACAGCACAGAAGACAAAUAACAAUGCUGUAUGUUGUCACGCAUUAAGGACUAAAUCUGGAAUUAUUUUUCUGUGUUCAGGAUUAUGCGUAUUAUUAAGUAUUAACUUUGUUAUAAGGGCUGUAGAUGACGCACUAGUACUAAUACAGUAUACUAUCUAAGAAGUGUUGGGUUGAUUUUUCAUUGUCUUCCUAAAGAGACUUUCCUUAACUCCAAAAAAAUUGGAAAUCAGAGUGGCACAUGGCGAGCAUUAUUUUAACAAUAAACAGCUAAAAAAAACAAAUAACCACUUAAGCCUGUAAAAGCACCUGGGCGCUGUUGGCCUAGCAGUUUUAGGCGCGCGCUCCUUACGGCCAAAUUCCAUCAGAUCCGUGUCCUGUCUGACAAGAAUAGAAUAGAAACCUAUAGUGACGGAUUGGAGACAAUGUGUUAACUUCCACUGGAUCCGCUCCAUUGCGUUCCGGCUGUGUCUCUGAUCCGGCAGGUCGGAACCAUAGACUGUAUAAAAUAUGGACAUAGUAUCUGUGAUAUCACCAAUCUGUUUCAGAAGCACUGUUUUGAGGCCAAUCAGUGGUGGCAGCCACAUUGCUGCUGUCGAGUGAUUGUGACAUAAAGAGGUGGGCUUUGAGCCUCCUAGCCAACAGCUACAGUGUUCCCGCCUGUCAGUCAAGUCAGCUGUGCCUCAUAUUGGAAGACUCGUAAUCUCAAUAUCUUUGAAAUUGCCGCGUUAGAAAAAAAAUCACCCAAUGUGUGCCGACCGAGAAAUGAGCUAUCCAGACUACACUCGUCUUUUGUACCAGGCUGUAAACAUGUUUAUUUCUGCUGUAAAGAUCAGCUUUUUUGAAUUGGUGUGUAUGUGGUUUCCAGAGCCAGCCUCAAGCGGAUCCUCGAUUGGACUCAUUUUGAGACCGCUUUAGUUGCCGCUUGGUCAGAACGCAACGGAUGAGAUACACAAGACUUCUAUUUUUGCCGGAUGCCGGAGCACGACGCAUCAAUAUGCACAGAGCAGAUCGAGAGGGACAGGAAGUCAGGCACCAAAACCAAAUUAAAACAUCUGGUUAAUUUUCAGAACAAAACACUGUUAUUGUUUCGUUUUUAACUUAUCUAUGACAACAAAAUGUCAUUUUGAGUGGAGGCAGGCCUGGAGUCAACAGGUCAGAGGUUUUCAGAAGACUUGGCUGCGGGAAAAUCUCGGUCACGUGACUCCAGCUGUCCGGUGGUCCUUCACCAGACCACAGCGGAUCGGAGACGGACCGGACACGGAUGUGGUGGAAGUCCCGUGUUAGUCUUCGUUGCAGUGGUUGCAGGGCUCAACUCCUGCCCUCGACCAUUUUGCUGCAUGUCUUCCCUCACAUUUCCUGUCUCUCUUUAGCUGUUGUGUCCUCAGCUAGUCAUCCAAAGACGGCUGAAGCUAUGACAAACAAAACUUAAAGCCAAUUCAAGUGUGGCAAACAUAGUGCUGCCGUUCAAAAGCACACAAACGUAUCUUUAGUCAGGCUACAGUCCUAAAAGGAAAAACUAUUUUAUGAUGAAAUGUAAAAUUAAGUGAUCUUUUGAAACAGGACUUUAAAUGUAUUAACUGCUUCUGUGAUUCUCAUUGACUUUCCUCGGCUCUGAAGCAUGCCCUCACUGCUUUUUAGUCCUAGAAAGUAAACAGCAGCAAAUAAUCUUUGUGAGAACCGAGGACAUGUUGCUCUGCACAGCUGGAAAAGUUUACAAAAAAGCACUUCUUAUCAGAGGAGAGUCAGGGAGAGGAACGGCAUCUACUCAUCCAGAUCCUCCUUUCCUGCAGGAGUCAAAGAUUAAGUUUGGGCAGGUGUUAUAUCAUGUGAAAUGUGAAGGGUAGUAACAUGGGAUCCUGUGUUUCGUGUAUGAAGAAUCCUCGUUCUUUCAUUAGACUAAUUGUAAAUGCUGUAACCCACAAAUAUGUCAUCGCAAAUGGUUAAAAAAAAAUGAUGCUGGAAGCAAUGUCUUGGAUUUUGCACUUCUCAGUUAAGCCCUCAUUUGUAUUUGUGUUUCUUUAAUCUGAAGAAUAAAAUAUUUUGUUCUAGA